CUUUAGUCUUUCGACUGCAAGAAGAGACUGAGACAGGCUGAAAACUGAACAUCAUUUGUAUUUUAUGUGUUUUAUAUCAGAGCAUUUUACAAAAUCCUAUGAAGAUGAAGACUACAACCAUGCUUUCGGCAGAAGUCAGAUUCGUUUACAUGGGUUUGAUCCUGUACAUGUCAGGGAUUGAGGCAGAACAGAAAACUGUCUGUGCCUUGAAAGGUUCAUCAGUGGAUCUGUCCUGUUCAGCUCAACGUCACAAUAUGAGCCAGAGAUGGUACUUUGCAUACAAGACGACAUCUGGAUGUAAUCUGACUGAAGUCAAUGUGGAAGGAAAUGACAAAUACAACACGGCUAACUUCACGCUAAAAAUAACCAAUCUGACAGAGAGUGAUGCAAAGAUUUACUGCUACGGUGACAAAACAAACCCACAGUCGUGCUGGGAAAAUGCUGUCAACCUCCAAGUGACAGACGUGCAGGUAAAGGUGCUUCCUUCAACACAGGGUGAGGCAGUGACACUGGUGUGUAGCACCAGCUGUUCUCUGACUAAUUACACCUGGUAUAAAAACAAAAAGUAUGUCUAUUGGGACCCAUCUCCCUGGUACCAAGAGCUGGUCAGCAGUGAUGAAGCAGUCACGUACUCCUGUAGUACUAAAGGUUACAAGGAUGUCAGAGCCCCUGAAGUCUCAGUGGAUUCUGUCACAUCAACCUGCUUCACGGUGACCUACGCUAAAGGGAGCGUCUGUCCUCAUGAGCGCUGCUCCAUCACGUAUCCCAGAGACGUACAUGUUCAAAGGACUCCUCCAAAUGGAGACCAUGUCAGUCUAACAUGUAACACCAGCUGUUCUCUGUGUGAACCUCAACCUGCCUUCUCAUGGUACCGAAACAGACAAAACGACACUAUUCAGUCUAAAUAUCCCAGCUCUUCUUCCGAUACCUUCUCCUGUGCUGUAAAAGAACAUGAGAGAUUACUUUCUGCUGAAGUUUGUGUUGUAGAAAAGAACUGCUGGACAGUGAACUACGUCAGCAGGAGAAUCUGUGCUCUAGAAGGUUCAUCAGUGAACAUUUCUAGUGAAUAUUCACAUCCUGAGAACCAAAAGCCAAACUUCAAAGUUUGGUAUAAAAUAAAGGAACAAGCUGAAAAUCUGACACAGGCUGCAGGCCGAGUGGAGUGGAGUGAAACAGAUAAGAAUCACCACAUCCUGACGCUCAAGAAGGUGAAGAAGAAUGACUCAGCAGAAUACGCAUUCAGAGCCCAACCAGCAGAGAGAAAGUCGGACGUACCAGGAGUGACUCUGGUUGUCACAGACCUGAGAGUGAAGUUUGCUCCUUCUCGGGAGGUGACGGAGGGCGACAGAGUCACACUGACCUGCGCUACCAGCUGUCCCCUGACCAACAACACAAACUACCUUUGGUACCGGAACGGACGACCUCUGACCCCGACAGAGACACACAAGCACCUUGUUCUGGACCCAGUCAGCCGUCAGCAGGCAGGAAGCUACUCCUGUGGAGUCCAAACCCACAAAGACAAGCGCUCGAAAGAAAAGUCUCUCACUGUCCAAAGUCUCUGGAGUGUAUUAGUACCAGUAGCUGCAGGCGCUGCAGCUGUGGUCCUGGUUAUAAUCGCUGUCACUGUCUGCUGCUGGAUCAGAAGAAAGAGAACUCCUGCUCAGUCUCCUCGAGCUGAAACAUCAAACAAUAUACAGCAGCCAAACCCUGAACCAGUGUAUGACACACCUGACCACACUGACCUUCAGUACAGCAUGAUCCAGUUCUCUGAGAACCACAGAGAUCCGCUCUACUCAACCAUCAAGCUCGAUGAGCUCCAGCUGGAGCACGUUCCCUACGCCGUUGUCUCCUUAAAAUCCAAUACAACGCAAGACUAAAUAUCUCUAAGACACACCUUUAGAAUCUGUAGUUUUUGUUUAGUGUUUAGCUGGUUUAUAUUCCGUGUCCUCAGCCGCAUUUAGAAAAAUCACAACAGUGACUCAACUUUCUAAGCACCAUAAGGAAAAUCCACCUACAAGUGCUGCUACUGGUGUCCUUCUACAGUAUUGCUGCUCCAUUGAGCGCGUGGUAACGUACUGCAUCUCCACCUGGAGCUCCAGCAGUUCGGUGGUGGACAGGAAAGCUCUCCAACGGGUAACCAACACGGCUGGCAAACUCAGUGUCUGCUCUCUACCACAUACAACACACGCUGCCUUGAAAGAGCAGUGAACAUAAAGGACCAUUCUCACCCUGGACCUCAUCUAUGCAAAAAGCAUCCUUCGGGCAGAGGUUUUAGAUCCAUAAUUUCACGAACCAACAGACUCACAAUCCGUUUUUCUCCCAGCAUCAUAAGGAAGCUACAGUAAAUGCAGCUGGCUGCUAACACACAGUUUGAAGGUCUGCCAUAUUCUUACGUCAAGUAUUGUUAAGGUCUAUACUGUAUGUGAUACUCAUUUCAGUUCUGCUGCAUUACUUAUGCUCAUAUUUUGUUGGAUUUUAAUGUACAGUGUUCAUUGCGUUACUAUUCAUGUUUACACUGUUUUUUACAUUGUACCUCAUUGUAAAUAGUUAUAUUUCUCUCUUAUUGCAUUGCACUAUAAGGGUUGCUCCAAUUUCGUGGUACCCAGUACAGUGACAAUAACAGCUCUUGAAAUAGAUUUGCCAGUGUCUAAAAACUGAAUCAGUCUGAAUCAGUCAUUGUUACAAACAACGUUGCUGUUUUAGGCUUUCAUAAAUGUGAUGAGAUAAAUGUGUCCUUUCUGCUCUGGCGGCAGGAAAAAUCUGAUCUAAACAAGUUUAAUCUUCCAUUUACUUCACAUGUUAAAAGGAGUUUCUUCAUUAUCAGGCAAAAGCUCAUAAAAACGGUUUGUGCAAAUGCAAUAAAUUACCAAAAUGACUUUAAUUACACCCAAUCAGAGAUAGUGCAGAGUUUAUCUGAUGAAAACCUUUAGAGGCAGCUAAAAAAGCUAAAUUAAGCUAUAUGAAUAGUGUCAAAUCUACAGAGCGCUUUAAAACAUCUCACCCUACGUUCAUUUUUAAUAUACUGCAAUACUCUCAGCUAUAAUAUAAAUUGACACAACUGACACAACAAAAAAACAAAUAUUGCACAGUCCUUAUGUCAGUAUUAAUUUUAUUACUAUACCAAUUCACACAGUAACAUUAAUUUAGAUACAAAAUAUAUAUAUAUAUAUAUAUAUAUAUA